AACUAGUUCUUGUCCACAUACUUUUUGCCUUUGUAAUCAUAAUCUAGGUUCUCUUUUUUUUGUACCCUUCACUGCCAAGUUUAAUGCAGUGUUAUAUAUAUAUGUGUGUGUGUGUGUAUAGCAAUAGAAGAAGGGACGACCAUUUUCACGUACUAUAGACCUGUCAUAUUGCCAUGGCUUCCGAUUCCAAAUCCCACCAAUUGCAUUUUGUCUUGUUUCCUUUCAUGGCUCAAGGCCACAUGAUUCCUAUGAUGGACAUAGCCAAAUUGUUAGCUCAACACGGAGUGAUAGUCACAAUAGUCACUACACCGCUUAAUGCUAAGCGUUCUGAACCAACCGUUGCUCGUGCUGUUAAUUCUGGUCUCCAAAUUCGAUUCAUUCAGCCCCAGUUUCCAGCUGAAGCAGUAGGACUACCAAAAGAUUGUGAGAACAUUGACAUGCUGCCUUCGUUAGGGUUAGGCAAUGAGUUCUUCUCCGCAACCAAUUGGUUACAAGAACCUGUAGAAAGAUUGGUUCAGGAGCUAAAUCCAAGGCCUAGUUGCAUAAUUUCUGAUAUGUGUUUACCCUACACAGGUCAGCUUGCUAGCAAGCUUGGUGUUCCAAGAAUCGUUUUCAAUGGCUCUUGCUGCUUUUGCAUGCUGUGCACAGACAGAAUAUACAACUCCAGGAUGCUGGAAGACAUAAAAUCUGAAUCCGAGUACUUUGUUGUUCCUGAAUUACCUCAUCAUAUUGAAUUCACCAAAGAGCAGCUGCCAGGAGCAAUGAUUGAUAUGGGUUAUUUUGGUCAGCAGAUUGUAGCUGCUGAAACAGUUACUUACGGUAUUAUUAUCAAUUCUUUUGAAGAAAUGGAGUCUGCAUAUGUCCAAGAAUACAAAAAGGUAAGAGGAGAUAAAGUCUGGUGUAUUGGUCCCGUUUCAUUAUGCAAUAAAGACAACUUAGAUAAGGUUGAAAGAGGAGAUAAGGCCUCAAUUCAAGAAUCUGAUUGCACGACUUUUCUCGACUCCCAAAGACCAGGUUCUGUAAUAUAUGUUUGCUUUGGUAGCCUCUGUAACUUAGUGACUUCUCAAUUGAUAGAGCUUGCUUUAGGCUUAGAAGCAUCAAAGAAACCAUUCAUUUGGGUUAUAAGAGGAAAAGGAAAAUCAAAAGAAUUAGAAAACUGGAUCAACGAAGACGGUUUUGAAGAAAGAACUAAAGAGAGAGGCAUUAUAAUCAGAGGUUGGGCACCACAGGUUGUAAUUUUAUCACAUCCUUCAGUUGGAGGAUUCUUAACACAUUGCGGUUGGAAUUCAACACUAGAAGGGAUAAGUGCUGGCUUACCAAUGGUUACGUGGCCACUUUUUGCUGACCAAUUCUGCAACGAGAGGUUAGUUGUUGACGUGCUAAAAAUUGGUGUAGAAGUUGGAGCUAAAGUUACUAUCAGAUGGGGUCAAGAAGAGAAGAUUGGAGUGACAGUGAAGAAGGAAAAUGUUACAAGGGCCAUUAACAGGUUGAUGGAUGAAGGAGAGGAAAGUGAGGAAAGAAGAGAAAGAGCAAAAGAGCUUAGCAGGAUGGCAAAAGAAGCAAUGGAGGAAAAGGGUUCUUCUUAUCUCAACAUGAAAUUAUUAAUACAAGAUAUUAUGCAGCAGCAACAGCAAGCAUGCACAAUGUAACCAUCAUGACUAGUAUAUAUAAUACAUUGUUAAUAUGCUUUUUCUGUAA